AUGGCGCAAGUAGCCCAGAAAACGCUGCGAACGCGCAAGGCCACUCCGACCGGGUGCGAGGACCUGGACCGCUACGACCUCGACAAGUUCCUCUACAAUCUGGGCCUCGUGCGCAAGACGAUGCCGUCGGACGGCAGCGGUGUCUAUCGCUCCGCCUGCGAAAUGGUAACCGGGACACAAAACAGCCAUGCGACCCUGAAACGCUACAUUGAGACCGGGAUCACCGAGAAAAACCCCAGCUUCCCUUUGGGGCUGUGCGAGCGCGAGCGAAACGAACUGAUCCUCACCGAAAUGUCCAGCUUGUUACGGCGAAACAUUGUUUUGUACGAAGAAGAUGGGACAGUCUUGCGCUUUGAUACACCGGCUGGCAAACCUGAUGGCAAGGAAUUGAUGUUCUGCUACGCCAAUUCGGGCUUGGAAGCAAUCUACAAGGUCGAAGAGCACGUCACUCUGGCUGUUGCUCAAGCUGUCACCUACAAAAUCUUGUACAACGGGGUUUUCGAAGAGCCGAGGCACACUAUUCGCUACGCUAUUUCGUCAAUACGCGAGGACAUUGACCAUAACUGCAGCGAGCCCGACGUCGUUUCCGUGAACCGGGACGAAGGUGGACGGAUUAUUAUUGGGGAAAAGACGGCUCAUUCUCAGAGCGACAGUCUCAAGAAGAAACAGCGAUCCAUGAAGAAGUGUCCUCCUGUGCCAUUUUCUGCGUGCAAAUCUUUGGAUCCAUCGAUCUACCGCAAUGUGGCUUUUGACUUGUUCAUCCGAGGUCGUCGCGAUCACCGUGCAAACCCAACGAAAGGAGUCAAGAGCCAGGUGUUCGAUCAGGCGGCCUACGUAGGUUUCCCCGUUGGAGCCUCUGUCCUCGUUCCCGAUUACAAGAAAACCUACCAUCUUGGCCUGGUCACUGAAGUAGUUCACGAAGACAUGCGACGCGUGCAGUUGGUCGCCACAAAUGAAAAACUGGUUGCAUCUGUACAUGACCUGGUGGCCUCCCGCUACGAACCCGGGUGCAAGCCACCAAGCGAUCAGAUUUACCCAUCAAUCUUUGCGAAAGGCGACAAGUCUGAAGAAAAAUCGGCGGACCGGAGCCUCAGGCCGUCGCCUACAUCAAAUGUUUCCGGGUCUUCGCUGUCGAAGCGUGAUUGGGACUACCAUGCGGCGAACAUGCUCAAGUCAGAUCGCAGUCUGUUUGGACCGUUCCCGAAUGUCGGUACGAAGACCUACCUCAUGAAUACGCCGAAAUCGAAAAAGCCGCCGGCGCUCAGUUUCUUCAGUGACAACCAAUCUUCAUUCCCUACUCCGCCUAGCCAAAAUAAGUCUUUGUCGCCCGCUCACAUGGGGAAUGAUCUUGACAAGCUAUUCCCGCCAUUGCCGUUCGAUGAUCUGGAUCAGAUCCGCUUCAGCUGGCCUCUGCCCAUUCGUGUCCCUGGGUUCACUCGUCAGCUUCUUGAUGAGGUCCGCACUUCGGUGUUGCUCGCAAAGACUUCUAUUCUUGCUGAUGGGUCGGAUCUGCCUCAAAACAUUGACACCCUGCGCUUCUUCUACAAUGUGGGCUACGAGGCGUACAAGCGUGCUGUACUGGGUGGCUCCGAGAAAGGCAUGGACUUUUCGAAGACCUUUGAGCCAACUGCGGUCCCUCUCCCCGAAGUGCACGGCCGGCCAUUGUAUGAAGCCGAGGAUGGAUGUCUUGUGGCGUAUUUUCCCGAAGUUCCGCCGCUGACCGAGCCUCUGGAUUCACUUCCUGAACGAGUGCGCGACUAUGCUUUUCCAGUCAUCGGUGGUGUUCGCACAGUGUCCGGCUGUCCGCCACCUGGAGCGAAGCCUCAUCAUAAGCGUCUUCUCUUG